AUCCUUACAAGUUUCAGGGAAAAGAUGAGAACGAUAAAUGCUAUGGUUUUUGGAAGGCUUUUACGGAAUUGUUAAAAAGCAAUCGUCAACAAUAUAGUCAGGAAACCAUUACUGCUCUCGAGCAGUGA